AUGGGUUCCUGUGUUUCGGUGCACAAAGACCAGGUAUCCGCCAUGAAACUCCGUCUGUCAUACGGCUCGAAAAAUGACAAGCUUGUGAUCACCGGCCGGGAUCCUACGGUUGCUGACGUGGCUCUCAAAUCUAACCCAAUAUAUAAUUUUCGUGAUUUUGGUAGCAAAGAGGAAACCUUCUUUGAUUCUCAGCCUUGGUUAGAUUCAGAUUGUGAAGAUGAUUUCUCUAGCGUUAACGGUGAUUUUAUUCCAUCUCGAUGUAGCACUCCUGUCCAUCACAGCUCUUCUGUAGGAAACCCUGUUUCUGUACCUGUCUCAUCUCCUGCAGUUAAGAAAAAGAAACUCUCUGACCUCUUCAAGGAGAGCUUACAAGUUGAUCGUGAUUUGGACGAACAAAAUGUGGCUUGUAACCUGAAUGUGGAUGCUGCAGAAGCGAAAGCUGAAGUUUUGAGUAUUGUCCUCCCACCAAAAUCUGCAGACGAGAGGCCUAAUAUUUCGGGAGCUAACUUUGUGUAUACUACUGAAAGAACUUCGAAUGUGUUGUUCAGACCCGAGGACAGAUCAGCAAAGUCUUGCCUUCCGAAGUUGAUUUCAAGCCGUAGCUUUAGCGAAAGGAGGAAGAGGACGAGCCCUGCACGUAGUGAUGGGCGAGAGAUGAAUCGGGUUCGAAGUUUUUGCACAACUUAUAUGGUGAAAGCCUGA